AUGAGAAAGAGAGCAACAGCACUGGCAGAGAUCCAGGUAGAUGAAUUGAGGACCGAUGAAUCGGAAUCCGAGGUGCGAUAUCAGGGAAGGAAAGAGAGAGGGAUAAACGAAGGCAGGAACAACAAGCAGCAGCAGCAGAGCAGCAGCAUAAACUACGCAAUCAAUCUUGAGAAUUGUCGAUAUUUGCUUUUUGCUGGUGAUGCUGAGUGA